GCGUCACACCAGAGACUGCAGGCGGAAGAGGAAGUGUAGUGCGCAAGGAAACGUAUCUUUAGUUUUAAUUGAAAGUGAAAGCUGAUGCAACAUCAGAUAUAGUUUAUGUUUUGUACGAUUUAAAACGAUUUAAUAUCCACCGAGAACUCCCGCUACAUUUUAAGAUUGCAGGCUUCGUUUAUCGGACCAGAUUGCGUUUCUAACCGAAUAGUUAGCUCACUUGUUAACUGUCUAGCUAUGAAGUAUUUGUUUACGUUUUCUUUACUGUGUCUUUUCGUGCUUCAAGCGGAAAGUUGGAAUGAUGGAGGUAGUGUGCUACUUCGAGAGGUACAGGUGCUCACUCUGUACAGAGGCCAAUACACAACUUCCCGACGGACGAGCCCUGUUCCACAGCUCCAAUGCAUUGGUGGGUCGGCUGGUUGUAGUUCAUUUGUCCCAGAUGUAGUUCAGUGUCAGAACAAGGGUUGGGAUGGAAUUGAUGUUCAGUGGGAGUGUAAAACAGACAUGGAUAACGCGUACAGGUUUGGAAGGAUCGAGGUAAGCUGCGAAGGCUUCAACCACCCGGACGACCCCUACAUCCUGAAGGGCUCAUGCGGGCUGGAGUACACCAUGGAGCUAACCGAACAGGGCCGACAGAGGGGCGGGGGUGGGGGUGGGUUUGGAGGAUUCGGCUCCAGCUUUUUUCAGGGCUCGUCAGACUCCCGAAGGAGCCAUCAGGGCAGUAACUCUUACCACCAGAGCUCCACGGGAGGCGAUAUGACCGGAGACAUUAGCGGCCUGGUCGUGGUGGGGCUCUUCCUGCUCCUGGCUUACGGCGUGUAUAAGAUGUUCCUGUGCGGCCCUGUCCCGGGGCAGCAUCGUUUCCCAGGCGGAAACCCUCAGGGGCCUGACGCCCACGGCUACCCCCAUAACACUGAGCCCCCACCGCCAGGCUUCAAACCCGAUUACACAAAUGACUCUUCUGGCUAUGGAAGCAGCGCAGGCUAUCCAGGAGGCAGCGCAGGCUAUCCAGGGGCCAGCAGUGGCUUUGGUUUUCGCAACGAGUUCAUGGGACCACGGCCUGCUCAAAACGCAUCCAGCACAGGAAAUGGAUUCUGGAGUGGAAUGGGCACUGGUGGAGUUCUGGGAUAUCUGUUUGGGAGUCAGAGGCGCCAGUCAGGCAUGCCCACAGGGAGUUCUGGGUAUUCAUGGAAUUCUGGUACACCUAAGACAUCGCCGGCGAGCAGUGGAACACGAACGGCCUCAGGUUUUGGUGGGACUAAGAGAAGAUAAGGUGGGAAAUGUUGAAGGUCAGUAUUUGGGAUGAACUUUGUCAUAUCCCUCUUCAGACCAUUGGAGGAAGACUUUCUUUUCUCUCGCGAGUGACAUCCGGUUUCUAAAGCAGCGUAAUGGCAAUGAAUUUGACUAAAUUAAGAGUGUGGUAUCAAGGCUGGGCUCACACCUGAAUAUCACAGCUUUACCUGCCUGGUAUCUGCUCCCAGUGAAGAAGAGCCUAAUUGUGUGUGUGUGUGUGUGUGUGUGUGUGUGUGUGUGUGUGUAUUUGUGUAUUUGUGUGCAUGCUUAGGCGGCUGUGUGUAAAUGCUGUGCUUGGUCUAUUUAUAACUCCUGUAGCUAAUUUGCCCUGAUGUUAAAUUUAAUUUUUCAGACAGUAAAGAAACAUAAAACAUAGACUUUGACUUUCUUUUGUGAAUAGAAUUUUGGGCAUUGUGUGCUUAUGAUGUAUGCAUUACUCUAAUUUUGUGAAUUGAUUUUAGUUCUGUUUGCCAUACUGUUCUAUCUACUGUUUGUCAAUCUGUAUAAGAGCACCUGAUUGUAAUGCAGUGUAAUUAAUGCGUUAUGUUAUACAAUGAAAAUGUGACUGAAAAAGCUUAUUUUAUUUCAAAAGAUAAUGGAUUCGGGUAUAAACAUGGAGGAUGUUAUUUGUGUAUUCUUUUGAGGUGAAAAGGUAUUUAAGGAUGCACUAUAUGGAAAUUCUGGGGCCUAUAUGAGUAACUGACAUUUUGCUGCCCAUGUUGGCUUACUCCAAUAGCACUAUGUUUUGAAUUAUCACUAAGCUUCCUGACUUCACAUUGAUGGAAGACGUAGAUGAGCACAGACAUCACCUUAUUAAAGAGACAAGUAACAUCUGUGUAGUAAAAUAAACUUUCGAAAAAUUUGUUUUGAGCCAUGUCGACGGAUACUAGUAUAGCCCUAAUAUUAUUGUGCCUCCUUAAACAAGAAUACAGCAGAUAAGAUUGAUUUUAUUGGAAAAUUUACUGGAUUUUGGAUUAAGUAUUGUGGUUAUUUACAUAGUCUGUUGGUGGGGGAAAAAAAAAAAAAAAAACCUUGACUGGGCUUUAAAUCUGUAAAUAAAAUGGGAUUUUAAACUUUUUUGCUAAAUGGGGUCAGCUACAGCAGCAGUUUAGUCAAUAAUUAUUUUAAAAGUUAAAUGUUAUUUUUAAAAUCUUUUUCUAUAGGCCUGCAUUCUAAAUGAAAUUUGAACAAGACCAGGUUAAAACCUCGUAUAUGGCUGGACCGAACACACGUGAUCCGGCCGACCAAUGGUGUAACUUCCUAACUCGGCCAACCAAUGGUAUAACUUCAUCACUCACUCAGUCACUCAGUCACAGACAUUCGCGUUUGUAGGGCUGGACCUGCUGUUGCGGUCCAGCCAAAAAUCUUCUGUGCACAUGAACCUAUUUUCCCUUUUCUUGACAGCCACUCUAAAGGCUGUUUAAUCUGUGGUUGUGCAUUUAAAUAAACUAAAAGCCUUAAACUAAA